AUAACAGAAAGCGGCGUUAUAAGCAAAGCCCAAGAACACAAAAACAUAAACUAGUGUCCUUUGAACUGUGGGAUUGGGAAAAAUCCGUGUGCUCCUUUGUUCAAACCGCACUAUAUAUAUUUAUAGACAAUUACUACUUCCUCUGUACCCUUGUCUCGUUUAAGGUUGUUCUCUUUUUCUCUCUGCGCUUUCUUUAAAAAUCAAAAGGAAAAAUGAUCAAAUUGUUCAAAGUAAAAGAGAAGCAAAAAGAGGCAAAUGAGAAUGGCAAUGGGAAGGGCCCUUGCAACAAGCAGACCGCUGGGGAAUUGCGUCUACACAAAGACAUUACCGAGCUGAACCUGCCCCGUUCUUGUACAAUAUCAUUUCCUGGUGGGAAGGAUAAGCUGAUGAAUUUUGAAAUUACAAUUAAGCCAUAUGACGGAUACUACGCUGGUGGAAAAUUUCUAUUCUCUUUCGAGGUUCCAUCAUUCUAUCCACACGAACCACCAAAAGUAAAGUGCAAGACCAAGGUAUACCAUCCUAAUAUCGAUUUGGAGGGUAGUGUCUGCCUCAACGUACUUAGAGAAGAUUGGAAACCUGUUCUCAACAUCAACACAAUUGUUUAUGGAUUAUAUCAUCUUUUUACGGAACCAAACCCCGAGGAUCCUCUUAAUACUGAUGCUGCUGCUGUGUUGAGAGACAGGCCUGAGUUGUUUAAAUCAAAUGUGAGAAAGGCUAUGUAUGGUGGAUGUGUGGACAACAUAAGCUUCGCGCGAUGCGUGUAGCCUACGGGUGUUCAUCAGUCUGUAUGGUUUUCAAAGAUUUGAUUUGGUAUUUUUGGUUUUCGUUUAUUAAAAUAUUAAAUAUUAUACCAAUACCAUAUCAAGAUAAAUUUUUUACCUUUUCGGUUUCAGUUUGUAUGGUCAGAUAAUUUCGGUAUUUUAUUUAUACUAACAUUCUAUCAA